AUGGAUCGCACAUGCGCAGUGCGUGGACGAGUGUUGGAUACCUUGUAUUGGAACAAAAACAAACCAAUCGGCGCUGGCUACCUUCUAUCUCAACAGGGGACAGAGAACCAGCGCCGCUUGCUGGUCAGUGGUCCAAGAUGUGUCAGUCCAUCAGCCUUCACCGAAUGUGUCCGAAGCGCUUAUUUUGAAGGCUCUGCGCUUUGGUUCUGUCUCUCAAACAAACCGGAGCAACCCGAUUGCAAAUUAUCACGGAACGGUACUCUAAUAAACCAGCUGCUGUCUGUCAGCUUUGAACUUCUCUCACUCUCCCCUUUACCUUGGGCUUCAUUGAUCAGGAGUACAAUCAUGAUCCAUUUGCUCAUGCUUAUCACUCAGCUGUCUAUCUUUUCUAAUGGAAUGGCAGAGUUUCCUGACAUGUCAGAAGCACAAUCCAGUCAUACUCCAAAACCACAAAGAAAAGCCUUUAUUAGGGGAAACGAAGCUCGAAAUUUCCUGGGACGACGUCUCCUAUACAAUCGAUGGGAUUUUGAAAUUUUCACUCAAGGAAAUCUUGAACGAGAAUGUAUUGAAGAAAUAUGUAGUUUUGAAGAGGCACGCGAAGUUUUUGAAGAUGACAGGAAGACAAGUAUCUUUUGGAAACAUUACACAACAAAGGGCCCUUACGCCAAACCAGGCAUUACAACUGAUAUAACUACAAUUCUGACUGCGUUCUUUGGCACUGUGCUAUUUUUAAUUCUAUUGGUGUUCUUUAUCUGGUAUUACUGCAAGCAGCGAAGACACAAAGAUCGAAGUAGUGCAAGGCGGAUUGAGGAAACCUGCAUGAAUCCUGUACCAUUUACAACAGAUCCAGAGUCAGCUCUACCUUCCUAUGAACAGGCUCUUGUGGCAACUGGACAAUAUGAUGCACCUCCACCCCCUUAUCCAGGGUCAUCUUCUGGUUCCUGGAAAUCAUGAUGAUGAAUUUAUUCGAUGAUGAAUUAACAAAUAUUCGCACUAACAGUAAACAUUUAAAUUUGGUGUUUUUUAAAAAUGAAAUUUGCACUAUAAAAUAUUUAAUUAUU